AUGUUAACAAGGAGAUUUGUUGGUAAUCUGUCAAAUAUCGCAACAAAGGGAUCCAUAUUAGAGAGAUAUUUAAAUGAUCCCUUGAAGUUGGUCAUAAUACCGAUAAAUAAACAUAAAUUGUUUGUAUAUUGUAAACAUCAUGAUAGUUUACAGAAUAAGAAAUCAAGGAUUCAAACAACUGAAAAAUGGGUAGUGAAUAAAUUUACUUCUUUAUGGUUAAAAUUGGUAAAUUCUCCGAAAUCGUAUAACCAAAAGAUUGUCAAAUGGGUUAACCAAACAAUAGAUAGGAUUCCUUGGCCUGAAGCAUCUCUACUGACAAUCCCCGGAGAGAGUUAUAUAUUGAAGCGAUUAUUGCAUGAUGAGGGUCAAGACAUAUUACAACAUUCUCCAUCAAGACAUGUUACAACAAAAGAAUAUAAAAAUUUGAAACCAAAACCAAGAAUUCAACCAAUUAAUUUAUACUUCCCAUUAACUGAUUCGUGGAAAUCAGAUUCGAUAUUGAAAGAAUUACGGACGUUUUCUGAAAUGGGAAUUACUAAUUAUAAAAAGAGAACUAUGGUAUAUCUGUCAUUAAUUCCUUUCACCUUACCAAUUGGAUUACUUCCAAUUGUACCUAACAUCCCAGGAUUUUAUUUAGCCUAUAGAUCAUACUGUAGUUAUAAAGCAUAUAUAGGUGCAAAACAUUUAAAAUCCCUUUUAGAUCACGGAACAGGUUUUAAUGGAGAUAAUAAAAUAAAUUUAAGUGAAUUGCCAGAUUUUACAAAUCUGAUCAAUAAUGAAACAUACCUUACCGAAAAGAGAGUAGAUGCAUUAGUCCAAUUAUUGGAUAUAAAGGAAACUCGUAAUAUUCUACUAAAAGCCGUUAGACAGGAGACGAAUAGUCAUUCAUGA